UUACUUCAAACUUAAAUUAAAUUUUAAACUUUAAGCAAAGCCAAAGAACGGUUUAAGAUAAAAACAAAAAAAAAACCUAAGAUAAAUACUAUUUUUUUUUGCGAUCGUAGUUGAUCUAAAAACCCAAAAAAAAAGACGAAACGGAAACGGAAGGCAAAGACACUUCAUAAAGAGCCAAGAGAGAGAGAGAGAGAGAGAGAGAGUGAGAGUACUGUGCGAACCGACAAACCACUCGAGGGGACUAGUGCAAAGCGCAGUCAGAGCUGUCUCUUUAUAAACAAAUGAAAAAAUACUAAAAGAAAGAAAGAAAAUACCAAGAAAUAAGUACAUAUAUUCUAUAAGCGUAACCAAACAAGCAGUGAGAUUAAAUACUAAGCACAACCAAUCCAAGAGGAAACAAAACCAAUACCGAGUGCAGCCAAAGAAGAGGAAGCUUAACAGUAACUGUUAACAGUAACAGCAAGCGCUAACAGCAAGCAGAGUAACUGUUGACAGCAACAGCAGCUGUUAACUGAGAAGAAAGCCAGACAACAAUAACAGCAACUGUUAACCGUUAACAGGCGAGCAACUGUUAACAGUUAACAGUGCAGAGCAGUAAACGCGGCGUCAUUAACAUCAACAUCAACAUUAACACUAACGGCAACAGCAACAGUAACGAGAACAUGACCAACGCCAUGGAUAUUGUUAAAAACGGCAGCGCCAAUGGCUCCGUCGACGGCAGCAAUGAUGAGUCGCGUACCAAUUUGAUUGUCAACUAUCUGCCACAAACCAUGACGCAAGAGGAGAUGCGUUCGCUCUUCUCAAGCAUUGGUGAGUUGGAGAGUUGCAAACUGGUGCGUGAUAAAGUCUCAGGUAAUUUGGUCUUGCCAGCAUCAUUGACCGCACUUAAUCCGGCUCUGCAGCAAGGUCAGAGCUUGGGCUAUGGAUUUGUUAACUAUGUGCGCGCCGAGGAUGCUGAGAAGGCUGUGAACACCCUGAAUGGGCUUCGAUUGCAGAAUAAGGUUAUUAAAGUAUCAUACGCCCGUCCAAGUUCAGAAUCAAUAAAGGGUGCUAAUUUAUAUGUAUCGGGUCUUCCCAAAAAUCUAUCACAACCAGACUUGGAGGGGAUGUUUGCGUCGUUUGGCAAAAUAAUUACAUCUCGUAUACUCUGUGAUAAUAUUUCUGGUCUAUCGAAGGGUGUCGGCUUUAUACGCUUCGAUCAACGCAACGAAGCCGAGCGCGCCAUACAGGAGCUUAACGGUAAAACCCCGAAGGGCUAUGCCGAACCGAUCACCGUUAAGUUCGCCAACAAUCCAAGCAAUAGCGCCAAGGCCCAAAUAGCCCCGCCCCUAACCGCCUACUUGACACCGCAAGCGGCAGCAGCCACACGACGCCUAGCCGGUGCCCUGCCAUCAGCUGGACGUAUCAGCAUUGGAAAAAGUCCCAUGUUAGCGAUUAACAAGGGUUUGCAAAGAUACUCGCCGCUGGCUGGAGAUCUAUUGGCCAAUUCGAUAUUGCCGGGAAAUGCAAUGACCGGAUCUGGUUGGUGUAUAUUCGUCUAUAAUCUGGCGCCCGAAACCGAGGAGAACGUCCUGUGGCAGCUAUUCGGACCCUUUGGAGCCGUGCAAUCGGUAAAGGUCAUACGCGACCUGCAGACAAGCAAGUGCAAGGGCUUCGGCUUUGUAACAAUGACCAACUACGACGAGGCCGUGGUGGCUAUACAAUCGCUAAACGGCUAUACACUGGGCAAUCGGGUGCUACAGGUUAGCUUUAAGACUAACAAAACCAAAACCACUUAAGGUCAACAUCUAAGCGAGAACAACAAACUGAAUGGAACUUUUCUUUAUACUUUCUCUAUGAUUUGAACUUCAUACUCUCUGCCCCUCUAUCCCCAUCCCCUCUCUCUCUCUGAAGAUUCUUUUUGGAUGUAUGAGCAUAUAUAGUAUUGUAAAAUGUUUGGGAGUUAUGAAACUAUGGCGAGUUGUAGUCAUAAUUGAAACACACACACACACACACACACAUUGACUAUAUUAUAUAUAUUUUGUAUGCUAAACGAAAUUAUUAUGAUUGAUUGAUUGAUUGGUGAAGAUACUUAAUGAAAUCUUAGCGAAAAUUUAGUAAUUUAUUUUGUUUUCUUUCGUGGAAAAUUACACGCAGCACUACAUAAAUCAAUUUUCUCAUUUAAUAUACCAAAAAGAAAAAAAUACUAAAAAUACUUACGUGAAAAAUACAAAAAAAAGACAAACAAACAAAGCUUAAAAGAGGCAAACACGUCAUACAAACCGAGCACACAAAAGUGUCCAAGCAAAAUACAUCAAAUUACAAAAAAAAAAAAAAAAAA